AUGGCAGAGAAAACAGUGGCACAUGACGUGCACCAAGUUGUCGAGCCCGACACGGGGGCCGAUGCCGAGAAGACGGGCGGUGAUGGCCUGGACGGCUCGCUGCCCAUCCCGUCCGAACAGAGCGGCCCCGUCGUCGAUGUCGACGCCUAUCCGCUGCCCACGGAGGAAGAGCAGCACACGCUGCGCAAGAUCUCCGACUCCAUCCCGCUGACGGCCUGGCUGCUCUGCCUCGUCGAGAUGGCCGAGCGCGCGUCCUACUACGGCGUCAAGGCCGCCUUCAACAACUUCAUGCAGUUCCCGCUGCCGGCCGGCGGACCGGGCACGGGCGCCAUCAACCCGGCGAAGCCCAACUCGCAUGCCGGCGCCCUCAACCUGGGCCUGCAGACCGCCUCGGCCCUGGGCCUCCUGUUCACGUUCCUGGCCUAUGUCAUCCCCAUCUUCGGCGCGUGGCUGGCCGACGUCAAGACGGGCCGCUACCAGGCCAUCGUCUGGGGCGUCCUCAUCGGCGCCCUCUCCCACGUCAUCAUGGUGGGCGGCGCGGCGCCGGCCCUGCUCCAGGCCGGCAAGGGCGCGGCGCCGUUUCUGGUCAGCUUCUUCCUGCUCGCCAUCGGCGCCGGGCUGUUCAAGCCCAACGUGGCGCCGACGGUCAUCGACCAGUACAAGCACCAGCGGCCGUACACGCGGGUGCUGAAGACGGGCGAGAAGGUGCUCGUGGACCCGGAGACGACGGUCAACCACAUCAUGCUCAUCUUCUACGCCUUUAUCAACGUCGGCGCCUUCUUCUCCAUCGCCGUCGUGUACAUUGAAAAGUACCGCAGCUUCUGGCUGGCCUUUCUGGUGCCCGGCAUCGUCUACUUCUUGCUGCCCGUGCUGCUCGCCGUCAUGUACAAGCGCACCAUCCGCACGCCGCCGCAGGGCUCCGACCUGACGCGCUUCCUCAAGAUCACGCUGGCGGCGCUCAGGGCCAGCCGGGGCAACGUGUUCGCCCAGGCGUUCUGGUCGCGCGUCACGCCGUCGGCGCUGCUGGCCGAGCGCGGCGUCCGCGUCUCCUACUCGGACAAGGACGUCGACGACGCGCGCCGCACGUGGGGCGCCAUCCAGAUCUUCUUGUACAUCCCCGUCUGGAACCUCAACGACGGCGGCGUCGGCAACGUGCAGAGCAACCAGGGCGCCGCCAUGACGUCCAACGGCGCGCCCAACGACCUGCUCGGCCACUUCAACCCGCUCGUCAUCAUCGUCUUCUCGCCGUUCAUGGCGCAGGUCGUCAACCCGUUCCUGGAGCGCCGCAAGAUCAAGGUCGGCCGCAUCACGCGCAUGACCAUUGGCUUCUCCCUGGCCACCUUGUCGUCGCUCAUCGGUGCCAUCGUCCAAUACCGCGUCUACGCGACCAGCCCUUGCGGCUACCAUGCCAGCACCUGCGACGACGUGUCGCCCGUCUCCAUCUGGUGGCAGGUCCCCAAUGUGGCCCUCGGCGCCAUGUCCGAGAUCUUCAUCAACGUCACGGCCUACGAACUGGCCUACGCCCGCGCCCCGCCCAACAUGCGGUCCACCGUCGUCGCCCUCUUCUUGUUCAUGACGGCCCUGAGCAGCGCCCUCGGCGAGAUCCUCAUCCCCGCCAUCAACGACCCCACCCUCAUCUGGGCCUGGGCCGCGCCCGGCAUCGCGCUCUUUGUGCAGACAAUCAUCUUUUGGUGGCGCCACCGCCAUCUCAACGACGACGCCUUUAUCACGUACAGCGAGGACUUUGAGCCGCUUCAGCCCGGCAAGGUCGAGGCCGCCAAGCCGCUGGAAGGGUAG